GGAGCAGCGGAAGGCAGUUGAGUUGGUUAGUAUGCGAGGAGUCAAGCGAGGAGUGUGGGUGCUGGUGAGCGUGUGGAUUUGUUUUGAAUUGUCGGUGGCUGAAAUAAUUAUUGUUCAUUUUAAAUUUUACAGUUUCAAGCUAUGUGGAAAUGGUGCAAUCCUCGCCAAACAUGAUUUCUCCACUUGUGAGAAACCAAAACGUCAUAACUUAAUUGGUCUAGAAGCAGUCCUGCACCAUGGCGGAGCGACGCGUCAUGACUGUCGGCAUGGUCUGUGUCGACAUCAUCAACUACGUAGUUCGCUUCCCGGACGAGGACACGGACGUGGGCAGCAAAUCGCCGCUGGAGGUGCCCGGCGGCCUCGGAAACAGGUGCCUGGACCAACAAUGGUGCCGGGGCGGCAAUGCUUCCAACUCGGCCACUGUUCUCUCACUUCUGGGCGCUAACGCAGAGUUCUUCGGCUCCAUUCCUCAGGGCGAUCUCACCAGUUUCUUCGAGGAGGAUUUCCGUCGGGACGGGGUGCACGUGGACCGGUGUCCGCGGCUGCCGGCUCGCACGCCCACCUCGUGCGUCAUUGUCAGCGCCGCCUCCGGCACGCGCACCAUCGUGCACAGCAACGGCGACCUGCCGGAGCUGCCGGCCGACGCGCUGCGACACGUGCCGCUGCGCGAGUACGACUGGAUCCACUUCGAGGGUCGUAACAUAGCAAAUGUGAACAAAAUGGUCGAAUAUGUGCGAGCUGAGCGGGAGAAGAAUCCGGAGCUCAAGCUGACGAUCUCUGUUGAGCUGGAGAAGGCCAACAGACCCGAGCUGGACACCCUCUUCUCCCUGGGAGAAGUCGUCUUCAUCUCCAAGGAUGUGGCCAUGUCCAAAGGUUUCACCGACAUGGAGUCCGCUGUCCGAGGGCUCAAAGCUAGGACGCUUCCCAGGUCGGUGCUCAUCUGUCCGUGGGGUGAGCUGGGGGCGGCCGCCUGCCUGGCCGACGGUUCGGUGGUGACCAGCCAGGCGCACCGGCCUCCCAGCGUAGUGGACACCGUGGGUGCCGGAGACACCUUCAUCGCCGCGUGCAUCUGGCGGCUGCGGCGCGGCGACCCUGUGAACCGUGCUCUGCGCACCGCCUGUGUCGUGGCCGGUACCAAAGUCGGCGUCAAGGGGUUCCGUCCGCUGCCACAGCUGCUGAAAGACUCCGGGCUGCUGCACGAGUGAUGGGGCGGGGUAGUGUCGGGAUACUUAUGUAGAUCUGAUGGGGCAUCUGAAUAAACUUGUAUUGCGCCAAUGUUAUGUGGGGAUCCAUUUGUGUAAGAGCUGCGCAUAGCUUGGUGGGAAGGUUAUCGGAGAAGCAGCAUGUCAGUUGGACUCGCAAGUCCUGCUUAAAGUCGUAAUAAAGUAUCUCUUUUCGGCAGGAAGCCGAAACCGUGAGUAACCUUGUGUGUCAGUAACCUUGUGUGUCAGAUGGGGCCAAGCAAGAAGCAUUCGUGAUAUCAUGGUAUCGCUGCUUAGGCACCAUGUUGGAAUAAACUAAGGUCAAGUU